UAUUUUUUAAAAAAUAUUAACAAUAACAUAAUUUUUCUGAAUUUGCAAUAUUGUGGGGAUAAAUAAUGUGAUUUCAGUUGCAAGUUAAAAUUUUAUCGUCAUUUGAAUGAAAAGAAUGGGCUAUAAAGCAGCUGUUCAAGUUUUAAAGCAAGCAGAAGAUUUGAAAAUAAAGGUGUCGAGGAAAUGCGACUGGCUAAAUAAUGCUGAAGCUUGGACAGAUCAGCAAAAACUGCAAACCAUCUAUCAUCAAGUAUUAGUCUUAGAUCUGGAAUAUGCACUUGAUAAAAAGGUAGAACAAGAUCUAUGGAAUAUUGGAUUUAAAAACCACAUAUCUAGUUUACAAGAACAAGCUAGAGAUAAAAAGAACCCACAUCGCUCAGAUUGUCAAGCACUUUUAACUUGGGCCUUGGAAUCAGCAUCUGGUUUUUAUAUCACCCUAUUGCAAGAGUUGUGUAAUACUUUCGAUGUUGACCUACCAUUUCGUAGAAGAGGAAACAUUUUUGGACAAACUGUUCCUAAUUCUGAACUAAAUUGUUUGCCACAGACUUCUUCUUGUUUAUAUGUAUGCCAAUAUUGUCUAGUUCAUUUGGGGGAUAUAGCUAGAUACAGAAAUCAAAGGAAACAAGCUGAGAGCUUUUACAAGCAAGCUAUUUUGGUCUCUCCAACCAGUGGUCAUCCAUAUAACCAACUUGCCCUGCUAGAGGCUAGUCAAGGGAAUAAACUUUCCACUGUAUUUUAUUAUAUAAGAGGUAUUGCUGUGAAAAAUCCCUUUCCUGCUUCUGCUACCAACUUAGCUUGCACUUUGAGUUCUGCUGUAGACAAGGACAGUCCUUCAGAGAAAAUCCAAACAAAGAUGACCGUCAAUGAGUACAUCCAACUUUUUCUAUGCACACAUGGUUAUUUUCAUGCAGUAAUGGAAUUAAAACAAGCAGAAUUGUCAGUGAAAAGCUUAAAUUCCGUAAUGACAGCUUUGGUAGCCACCCAAAGUUUCACCAGAGACAUGCUCAUCAAAUUAACUACGAUCAACUUGUAUGCCUUUUAUCAUGUCAGUUCUGAUUUAAAUAAUAUACACGAGUUGACUAACGAUGAGAAAAAGGUUAGAGAGCUUGUAUUGGAGUUAAUAGCAGGGUCUCUGUGUGCAUAUUUGGUGCCGGUACAUACUCUUAAAAUGGACGAAGGGCUUAUGGACUAUUAUGCUCUGCCAGCUGUAAAAAUAUUGCUGUAUUUUAUACAAAAUGACUCCGCUGUAUUGAAAGAAAAAGUCUUCACUAAUCGACUGCAAAUAUGGCCAAGUCUAGUCAAAUUGUUAAAUAGUGUCCAGCAGUACAUCAAAGGAUUCAAUUUUAACAAAUAUACUAAAGUGCCAUUGUCGGAGGAUAAAAUGCUUGAGGGUUUUUUACCGCUGUCCAAAAAUUUUAAGGAAUUUGAUUUCAAAGAUGAGAUUGACGAUGUUAAAAUUGAAAGACUGGUUAGAAUGAGACGUAUAAUUAAAAUAAGCUUAUGGUUGACUGAUUUAGAUGUAAAUGGAAAUAAAUUGAUAUUAAAGAAUGAAAUUAAUGGUGAUACUAUUUUUGAACCUGUUUGUAUACAACCUGAUCCGACCAAUGAUUUAUUAGAAGAAAUGAAAUCUUUUAGUGUAGCUGAUAAUACUGAAAAUACCGCCAAGAAAAACUUGGAGAAGAAGGCGGGUAUUCUUAAACCGCAGGGUUCUUUAGAAAAGUCUAGGGAGGAGAGAGAAAUGUUGAAUAAUACCACAACAGAUUCUCCUUCCAUUGGCAAUUUUAAUUCGAUUGCUAUCAAAGUCGAUAAUUCAAAAAACAAAAGAAGUAAACAAAAUGUGGCGUUGCAGUCUAUAUUUAAGAAAAUGGAAGAAAGUAGCAAACAAGUUAAAUUCAUAGUUGAUGAUUCCGACAAAGAAAAGUCGGUGAAAUACGACUCGAUACCCGCUCAACAGAACCAAAAACCCCAACAACCUCCAAAUCAACUCUUCAACCAAUCUCUAAGAAACCAACCUUUUAACCAACCUUUAAAUCAACCUUUAAACCCGUCUUUCCCUAUAGCUCCUCCGUCGCAACCAGACUACUUAACGGCGCUCAGAAACAUGCCCAACAUGCAAAUCGGCGACAAUAAUUACCAAUACCAGAAAAAAGAUCCCAGCAUUCCUAAUAUCGGUGUCCAAAUUAUGCCACCGUAUCAAAACAUGCAUCAAAAUAUUCAAGGUAUCCCAAAUAAUAUCCCGAACAAAAACGUUCCUGUGAAUAUGAACGUUAAUUCGAUCAAUCAAAAAGCUCCGAUGUCUUAUCAAAAUUCUUUUCCUUCUACUCCUUAUCAAAAUGUUUCCUUUCCCUCAUCUCAUCCUUUUAAUGCAUGGAAGAGGGAUGAUGUUCCGCUGAUGCCUAAUCCUAGUUGGUGGCAAAAUAACCAGCAAACGCCACAACAGAAUUAUCGUCCAGAUUAUCCCUUAAAUUAUAAUCCAUCAUUUUCGGGGAACGUGUCUGCUAAUUAUAUGCAACAGGGUCUAACUAGUAAGCCGACCAACCAAACUAACAACGGGGAUCUUUUUGGUUCCCCUUGGAGCAAUUAUUUGGGUAAUUUCAUGAACGAAGGACCUAAUACGGGUAGUAGUAAUAUGGGUUUCGAAAACACUAGUCAGGGUAUGUCUGUUAGACAGGCGAUGCUUAAAGAGGCAAAUUUACCAGGAGCACCAGUUGGAUCGCGUAGUGGUAAUUUGGGAAGAUUACCAAAUGUCAAUCAACCUCCACCCCAAGACCAUUCUUUUGCUCAAACUCAAAACUCCACUCCUGGAUACUCGUUAUUCAACAACAGCUGGACUCCCAAUCUUCCAGGGCAACUCAGAAACAACAAACCUGCCGAAAACAGUUUGAGCCACCUACCCCAGCAGUCGUUGUUCAGCGGCCAAGGACCGAAAUCGUUAGCUCAGCUACUGGAACAACAGAGCCAGUUAUCCAAGAACGAUCUGUAAGAGUAAAACGUUACGAGACGGUGACGAAUGUUAAAAUUUUAAAAGGGAGAAUACGAUUACGACGAGACAAUAUUUCAUAUCCAAGAG